AUGAAUUCCAGUGUCGUUUAUGGGCGUCUCAUAGGACUUGAAGAUAUAUUUGCACAGUGUAGUAUUCAAGAUUGUGCCAGACUACUAAAUGAAUUCAGCACUCGAAUAAACCGUAUUGCCGAAAAGAACGAAUGCAUGCGGAUUCAGUCCGAUGGAAUUUUGGUGGUAUCAGGUGCUCCUAACUUUCGCGAAGACCACGCUAAACUUGCCGUGAAGUUUGCCUGUGAUGUUCAGGCUCUCGUCAAGAGCUUCUGCGACUCGACCACCGCUGAUUUGGGAUUCCGCAGUGGUAUUGAGUCUGGUGCAGUAAUAUGUGGGACAAUAGGUACCAAUAAAUGGCAUUAUGAUGUUGUUGGAAUUGGUGUUUUUCUGGCUGACAACGCAAAAGAGCAAGUUGUCGAUGAUUAUAAUAUGGAAAACUAUGGCUGUUACUGGCGUAUUUUACCAGAAAAAGCUUCAGCAUUACCUUCGAGCUUGCUAUUUCCAUGCCUUCGGCGAUUUUCUCUUGCAACUAUCCCACAAGCUGUAAACCGGCUUUUACAGUCAAUUUCGUCGAAAUCCGAUUCACUCCAUGCGAGCAGUGCUUUGCCUGGAAGACGAAAAAGAAAAUCAGAAAAUAUUCCUUUAUCUUGUAAUAAACUCGAUGCAAAUGAAACAAAGGAAAAAAGUUUGAUCGAUGAAGCUACGUUGCGUUUUCGAAAUGUGAAAAUGGAAACGGCUUAUCACUCGCAAGCUGAUCAGUGGUUCAUACCAGCAUUGGCGAUAAGUAUAUUUUAUCUUGUAAUAUAUGCAGUCUAUCACGUACUUGUGCUGCCGAGGCAAAUCGCGACUCUGAUAAUGAUCGUUAUGACUUUGGCUGUAAUGUUUAUCAUAUUGUUGAUGAUUUAUAUCGACUACUUUGAGAACUUUUGUCAGUUCAUUACAAGGACAUUAUUUGGGCAAUCGAUUGGUACUUUAUUGAUAUUGACGAUGCUGUUUAUUUGUGGAAUUGUUAACACGUAUUCAUGUCCACAAAAUGGUGGCAGUAAAGUCGAUUUAACAUCGGAAUGUUUUGUGGUUCAUUUCUCUUUAUAUAACUGUGUUUUCUGGAUGUUGACAACUGUGGCUUUUGUUCGAUUUUCUUCUUUUAUCCUCUUUUUAUCAUUAAUCGUUGCAUUCAUCCUCUAUUCAUUUCAUGUAUUCAUAACACAUCCAGAAUUGUAUUAUAGCUACUCACAGUAUACUCAAUCCUCGUCCGUUGAGUUAGAAUUGCUUAACGGUCUUCUCGUUUUUGCUUUUUUAAUUUUCCUUCAAGCUAGAAGGAAUGAACGAAUUCUUCGCUUUGAUUUCAUGUCAAAAUUAAAGGAAGUCGAAGAAAAAUCUGAACUGGAACGAACUGAAGCACUUAAUCAAAAAAUGCUCCAAAAUAUUCUGCCGCAUCAUAUUGCACAGUCGUUUUUUGCAAAAUCUGAACUUUACUAUCAUCUUUGUCAUAGUGGCGGUGUUAUAUAUAUCAGUAUUGUACUGGAUGAUAAAGAUAUUGAUAGUAACAUGUCUUCACUGCGAAAUAUCGUUUCCACGAUCGAUCAAGUACUCGCGAAAUAUUCAGGGAUCGAGAAAAUUAAAAAUUGUCAAAAGUUUUAUAUUGCAGCUGUCGGAAUCAUUCCGGAAACUUGCUCAAAUGUUCAUGACACCCCUUCUACAAUCGGUGAUUUAUUAAAUGAGCUUACGCAAUUUGCCCUAACUAUUUCAGCCAUUGCAGCCAGUCAGGGAAUAGGUCUCAAUAUCGGUAUUGAAUGCGGAUCACUUUUGUCGGCUGUAAUUAGUGCUCAUAAUCCUGUUUAUGAGAUUGUUGGAAAAGCUUGUGAGCGAGCCAGAACAUUAAUGGAACAUGCUGACUGUUAUGGUAUUAUGGUCUCUGAAGAAAUUUAUCUGGCUCUUCGACCUAGAAAUUUCAAUUUUGACUCAAGACCAAUCAAAAUCGAUAUGGCAAUAACGGCUUAUGUUUUUGAGGAAUCUUAUCCAGUAGAGGAAAGUGAUGCACAAUCAGCAAUUGAUGCUGCAGAACAUUCGCAAUCGCUUAAUCCUCUUGGAAUGUUUGCAUCAAUGAAUUCUUCAUUUACAUCUGAAGCAUAUUCCUUAGAUAUUGGAGUGGAAGUAGAAUCGGAUAUGGAAUGGAUAACUCCUGAAAUGAUACUCUCUGACCAUCGUGGUGAAUAUCCUUCCACAUCAGGCAUAGGCAUGUCACAGUAUAUCCCGUCUUCGUCAAAUCCUCGAUCUGAAGGUUCUUUGUCGCCUGAGCGUCUUCGAAAUCGAAGAAUGCAUAGUGGUCGUUUUAUGGGUUUGAUGAAUUGUUCAACGAUAUCGGAUACAGGUCAAAGUUGCAAUGGUGCUGAUCGAUUAGCAGCUGCAGCUUUUCGAGUUGAUCGGAUGCUGGAAGAACUGAAUGCGGUCGCCGAACUCAGUUCAAAGAAUGACUGUUGUCCAUUUCCCACAGCUCUUUCGAUGUCGACAAGAAGCUUGAGGCGAGAAAUAUCAAGUGCUUGCCAUACUGAAUAUGACAAUGCUGAAUCCGAAGGAUUGUGUUCGGAUUCGGAAAUACUUGGAGGCCGUUUAGAACAGUUGAAAAAAGCCUUAAAACAAUGUCGAGCAAGUAGCGAACGAAGGAAAAGGCGCAAAUUUUGGAAUAAUUUUGAUAAUGGUAAUGAUGCUGAUAUUGAUAGUAUCUGCUCUUCGUUAAAUGUUUCAUCGAUAUUUGGUAAUUUUCGAUGGAAUAGGUAA